CCUGGCAUGAUUUUAAAUGCCCUUCAACAAUCUGACCCCAAUUCCCUUUUUAAAACCGUCCUCUCUCCUCCCCCCUUAAAGAUGUGGCCACGGUAACAUCAACGUCUGUAACUCAACAGACUUCUCCGUCCUUUUUGAAUUUUUCUCUCUCUCCUCGAAGACGCAUUCAUUCAGCCAUUUGUUCGUUCACUCACGGAGUGACUGCUACAGGCCGGGCAGCUUGCUGGGCCUUGGACCAAUUCGAGGCCUGACGGGACGCGUGUUUGGCCGGCUCCUGUCCCCCGGCCCGCCCACCUGCCCUGAGGUCUGACCCCUGCCCCACCCCGGCUCCGGCUCCGGACCUAGCGCCCCGCUGGCUGGUUCGUUCGCGCUUCCGCGCCGUCCCCAGGGGCCGGGAGCGGGCCUCGUUCGCCAUUUCUUCAUCUCCUACCGCGUCGCGAAUGCUCGAGAAAAGAAAAAGGGCAGCAUGACAAUGACAGUCAGUCGCGCUCGCUCAUCUGAGAAGCCACGGCAGGCGCAGGGGGCGCCGAGCGGUGCGCCCGCCCCGACGUCUCCAUGCGGAGUCCGGGCCCUCCCGAGUGGCCGGGUCUUCUGGGUCCCCGCCCCGGCCCGAGACAGAAGCGCGGCCCCGCGGAGCGGCGGGGAGCCGGGUGGGCUGCGGCGCCGGGCGAACUACAAGUCCCAGGGGGCGUGGGGACGAAGAGGCGGAAGGGGCGGUCCCGGGCGGCGCGGGCGGCUGCAGGAUUGCGGGGCCGCGCGGGACACCAUGUCCGAGGGUGGCAGCUGCAGCCAGACCCCCAGCCGGGCCAUCCCCGCCACUCGCCGGGUGGCCCUGGGCGACGGCGUGCAGCUCCCGCCCGGGGACUACAGCAGCACCCCCGGCGGCACGCUCUUCAGCACCACCCCGGGAGGUACCAGGAUCAUCUACGACAGGAAAUUCCUGAUGGAGUGUCGGAACUCACCUGUAACCAAAACACCCCCAAAGGACCUGCCUACCGUUCCUGGGGUCACCAGCCCUGCCAGUGACGAGCCCCCCACGGAAACCAGCCAGAUUCAUCUGCACAAUAGCCCAGAAGAUAAGCAGGCAGGCGGUGAAGAGUCGCAGUUUGAGAUGGACAUUUAAAGGACCAUCCAUUGGACCGGGCAACGCCUAUGGGCCCUCAGGCCCUUCUCGGGAGAAGAUUCACACCAGCCAGGCCUUAUGGACAUGAUCACACCGAGCAGGCGUCAGGCGCGGGAUCAGCUACCCCAGCCUUCUGCUCCUUCACUCAGGACACCUGCUCCCCUUCCUCUUGGUGAGCACCGGCAGAUACCUCCCUGUGCCUCCGCCGAUGCAGGGGCUGCCAGCCCGAGGGGAGCAACAGGCAGCUCAGCAAGCCCACCCUGCAGCCGUGCCAGCCAGUGGACACACACGGGCCCUUCUGAAUGAUCGUCCUGCUCUUCCAGCCCCGUCCCUUAGGUUGGUGUGUGUGGGAAAGCGCCCCUCCCGCUUCCUUCCCCAAGAGAGGAAAUAAAAGCCACCUGCGCCCUAGGGCCAAGAAA